GUUUCUUCAGGUGCAUCAGUGAGAUCAACCAAGUUGUCAUUGAGGAAGCUUUUAAACUCCUGGAAGUUCUCCUCUGUGGGGCGAUAGUGGCCACUGUGAGGCCAAAUAGCCUGCCAACAAUAAAGUUCAGGUUGUGUCAGCAUGUUGCCUGAUAAAACUGGUCAGAGAAAGAGAAAGAGGAGCAGCAGCAUCCUCCAAGCAGAGAAAGGGAAAGAAGACCAGCAACAUCCUCCAAGCAGCAGUACUCUACAAGCAGUAGCAGCACCACCACCACCUUCGAAGCAGAGAAAGAGAAAGAAGAGCAGCAGCGCCCUCCAAGCAAAGAAAGGGAAAGAAGACCAGCAACAUCCUCCAAGCAGCAGUACCCUACAAGCAGUAGCAGCACCACCACCACCUUCGAAGCAGAGAAAGAGAAAGAAGAGCAGCAGCGCCCUCCAAGCAAAGAAAGGAAAAGAAGCAGAGAAAGGGAAAGGAGCAAUUCCGUGCGUCCCUGCAAAGGUUGUGUUCAGCAGGAUAAUGGAAGCAGUUUGCAGGCCAGUAAUGUGUUAAAUUUCACACAAUCAUUUCCAUUGUUGAUGACCAGGAAGAGCAUAGGAUACGAGCACAGAUUGUGUGUAAACUCCAACAGAUUUGAUUACUGUAUAUGAAAGGAAAGGAUGAUGCAAUUUUUUUAUUAGCAA